GGGACGGCGUCCUGGCUCGCUGGCGCCGCACGUGGAUGCGUGGAGCAUUGCCAGCUCGGCGGCUCGGCUCCGCCCAACAGGCCUGCCCUUUUUUGCGCUCUCAAGGUCUUUGCUUCACUCAUCGAACUUCUCCGUCUGUCGGUGUAUCCCUCAAAAGCGUGCGCCGUGCUUGUCCCCUUGGGAUCGUGUCGAUGUACUCGAUGUGUCACGUGGUUGGUCUAGGCCACACACACUAAAACCUCCGGUGUCAUGGUGUACAGUGAAGGCUCGGGAGCGUGCCGACCACUUCCACAAGAGAUACUAUGCCGAAUCUUCUCUUACCUCGGAGUUGCUGACAGGUUGGCAGCAGGACUGACCUGUAAAACGUGGCACAAGUCAGCCGCUGACAGCCGUAUCUACGGAGACGUGGUUGUCACCUUGGAAAAGAAUGUAAAAGAGCGAAUGGUAGCGCUCUCACGUUCACAUUCGGUGGUAACCUGCUUGACGUUUAAGAACUCCGCGCUGGACGCGGAUGUCGAGUUCUGGGAACACGUAGGGCCGACACUCAAGAGGCUGGACUUGAAGAACUGUUCUUUUUAUUGGGAGGACUUGCUAUCGGUGCUCCUCAAAUGUCCGAAGCUGGAACAUUUGGCGAUUGCCCACUGCGACAAAUUCGUUUCUUCAAGUGGCGAGUCCGGAAUUCCUGACAAUGCACCGCCACAUUUUUCCCCUAAGGCAUCCGGGAUCACUUCAGUCGACCUUUCGAACUAUGGCGACCUCACAGAUUCCGCGUUUCACCAAGUUAUGACCGUGGUAGGAAAAGUGCACGUGCUCUCCUUGGCAGGCUGCGCGCUAAGCGUGCACAAGGCCAUACAUCGCCGCUUCUACCCGCCUGGGCAAGUGCAUAGCCCACUUGUGUUCACGUUUCAGGACGUGCUUAGCAUCCUAGAAGGGGCGCCGAUUACAGUACUUAACCUCAGUCGCACAAUGAUCGACAACAGAUGUCUCGCUCAGCUGUCUGCAGCCUUCUCGAAGACUCUGCGGGAGUUUCACGCGGCUUCGUGCGCAAUGUUAGGAGUGCAGGGCGUUCGAGCUUUGUGUGAAAACGUGCCCAAGCUUACGUGCUUAAACCUCGGAUCUAACCCGCUACUUAGUGACAACUGUCUGGAAAUCGUAUGCGAAAGUCUUGAGCACCUCGAAAAGCUGGAUAUGUCUAAUUGCACUUACAGUUCCAUGGGGUUCGCUAAAUUAGGGCACCUGCGGAAGCUUCAGGACGCCAGUUUCUCCGACGGUUUUCUCAACGACCAAGAUACGAUGGUGCAGCUCUUUUCCUCCAGGCCAUGGCCAGCAAUACGAGCGCUCAACAUCAGCUCUUGCGGGGUUAAUGCAACCGUGGCAAAAUGUCUGAGUGAACAGAUGCUGACGCUCGUAUCCCUCGACGUGUCACACGCGAUUCUACUUACCGAUGAUGCGGUGCGCGCUAUCUGGACCCACCUGCGUCUUCUCAGAGUUCUCCGUAUGGAACGUUGCUCGAAUCUCACCGACGCAGCCUUGCACCAUCCAGACAACUUGACGAAGUGCCAGCCCACCUCCAUGGCUUGUCUCGGUGGUCUGAAAGAGCUAAGCCUCAGAGGCUGCAACCUCGUGUCCGAUGCAGGCGUGUUGGCUGCAAUGUUCUUUCGGGAAGUGGCGUCUCUGGACCUUGGGCACUGCACCCUGCUCACGUCAGCGUCUCUGAAGCACAUUGCUUUGCACUGUCCCAGUUUGUCGAAGUUAGUGCUACGCUUCUGUGAACAGUUGGACGAUGAAGCACUGACACCGGUCCUCAGAUCAUCGUCGAGACUAAGACAUCUCGACAUAGAAGGAUGCAGAAACGUGACUGAUGCAACUCUCCUCCAUGUAACUCAGUGCCCGUCGGUGAAAUAUGUGAACGUUGAAUCGUGCAUGGUGACGCUAAAUACGGUGCAACAGUUACAGCUGGAGCGGCCAGACCUUGAAGUGAAGCAUAGUGCAUGCUCUGUGGAAUGAGCUAAGAAGAAGGCUGCAUAAUUUUAGCUCCACUCAUUUUGUCUUUCCUUUUUGUGUGUGUGUGUGGGGCGGAAGUUGUACACAUUAUCCCGACACGACGCUACGGUUCCCGGCGAGUGCUUGCACUGCUGGUGCAUUGAGAAUCAGUUCUCUUGGCGAUUCUUCUAUCAUGCUAAGUAAGGACGUGAUUAGAUUAGUUUGCACCCCUCGUCGUAUGCACGCACAUAAAAAAGGAUCGUGUUCAAAUGGAAAUAAAACGGCACACCCAGUUGCCCUUUGUGAAGUCACUGGUGACGUUGAACACGGCUAGAAACAGUACAACA